AUGAGGCAGAAACUCGUCUCACGUACGGUUCGAAGGCCGAGCCCCACCCCAGCAGUAAUGGUGCGGCUUAGGUCAACUAACACAAAGAAGAUACAGUUCACUCAACGAUUGCCUUUGGGUUCCGAACUCCAUAUGGGGAAGGAACGUUGUUGUUUGCGGGGUCUCGAUCAUUUACAUGGACCCACUUUUCAUUCCAUUUGUGGGAAUUUGAUGAUCUAUAAACCGUCCUUAACGAAUGAUCGGCUCAUCUUUGAGCAUGAGGAAUCACUUCGUGCCGACCUGUUGUCAAUAAACUUUUUGCUUGAGAAUGGAAAACUGGAGCAUUUUCUGCAUCGGUGGAUGAAGAAUCGCGAACAUCCAAAUUUCUGGUUAAGCAUGUUCCCAGAAAAAAGAUACUUUCGAGAAACAACGAGCACGACUGAAGUAGCUAUCCAUACAAAUCCAUUUACGGAUCUAUAUGCUUCGAUUGGAACUGGAAGUUCAAGAACAGGCGGCUGGUAUACUACCAUAAUGAAACUGCCUUUUCUUUUUUUUAUUCGGAUAGGAUUUCUGUUGGCUUCGUUGGGAGGCUCGCGUAGUUUGUUACGUCAACUCCAAAAGGAUAAAUUGCGUUGGAAUUGAGAAAGUUACGUAAAGUUCAUAAUUGUAUAAAAGGAGUCAAAGUAGUGACUGCAGCGCAUCGAGGCAUUUUGCCCGUAUCUUCGCUAUGUAUACUAGUUCAAGUGAUUAUCCAUUUGAAUUAUGGCUUGGUCUCAGAGAUCCUACAUAACCGCUGCUAGGAGUUAGCACGAAUCAACUGUGGGGACUUGCCUAAACUGGAUUGGAUCAAUAGAAUAUGAAACAUACGGCACUGCCUCAAAGGCCUUACCAUACCACUUAGCUCAAGCCAGUCUAAGUGAUUGGCUGAAUACCGAGAAUAGAGUCUCCUCUUGGGGUUUCUCCCGUAUGGGGUACUACACUGUAACGUCGGCUGUUGCUUUGGAAUGGAGAACUAAUCAAUCGAGGAAUCGGAAUCCUACCUCUUGCGAGUUGACCUCCGUUAGUGACUGUUCACUUUAAAGUGGGAGAAGUCGUAAUUAGUUGGUGUACAAUUUCAAUAAAUCAAAAAAGAACCUAUUGAAUGCGAAGGGGGAAAUGGGAUAUCUUUCAAUCAAAGCUAUUCCUUUAGCUUGGCGUUUAGCUACUAAGCUAUGCGGGUCAUCGACAAGGAGAGCAAUAGACUACAUUGGUGAAGGAAGUAUAGCAUCAAAGGGCGCUUAUCCUGCUAAUCGUGGGUCUUGAUAAGUACCUGACAGACUGAAGGCUUGGAACUUAACUCAAUGCUGGGAAGCUUUACUUAAGUGGAUUCGGCCCUACCUUGGCUACGAACCUAUUCUCGCUAAGAGCUAAGAACUGGGCAUUUCAAAGCAAUUACCUUCUUAGCUUACAGAAUCUCUUGAAAAAAGAAAGUCUAGCUACAUGCUUAACACCGGAAAUUCUGACCUUGGUUGGUGAUAUUCGACCAAGACGAGGCCUAUAUCUGAGAGCUUGAACUGGGCUUGGAUGAAAGAGUAGCAGAGUCAAUUCCUGAAGCCGGUUAUUCAACUGGUUGUAUAUGGAAGGUGGCUAACUAGCAAUCCUCUUAGGGGGAUAUCCUUUCAAAAUGAGUAGUAGACUGAUCGUCUUUGGAAAGUAAUCCUUGGCAUAAGCUCUAGUUUCUCUCUCUUAUGUCCCAUCUGCUUCCUAAUUCCUAUAUAUUUAUAUAUUUCAUAUAGUGCUAUACCAUUACCUCUCUCCUUCUUUCGAACUUUGCUCUUAAGUUAGUUUGCUUUAAAGCCUGAAGCUUAUUCAAUCCAAAAACAAAAGCUUUAGCUACUUCAUCAAGUACCUGCGGGAAUGAAAUGAAAGACUGGUGCCGCUUUUCAAUAUACCUCCUUGCCAGGUCAUGGUUUCAAACUGGCUCGAAGACAUUACGAAUAAAAGAGCUAAGCACUAGAAAGAACUUGCUUUUUUAUAGGGGCACGCUCCUAAGCCAGCUUUCACACUAUCUUAAAAGAAAGAUAACUGUCGAUACAUCUCUAAGGUAAGGCUUUCUCACAGCACAGGUAGUUGACUCGCUAAAGCUCUAAGAGCUUUUGGGAGGAGGGAUUGCAUUUACCAUUGACCUCUUACCGAAAGCUUCGCUUAAGCUCAAAAGCUCCAUAAGCUUUAGGUUGUUUACAUGCUUGAAGGAAGGAAUUCAAACCCACCCGGUUACUGUCUCGUUCUAAGGAUUUGAAAGCUUUGAGCUGGGGUAGAACAAGCCCUGAUAUUCAACCAUUCCUGCGGCGAGUUUAGCCAUCCUUGUGGUGUGGGAGGAGCCUCUUCUGACUUGAAAGAAAAGAAAUUUUCUAGUUUCUUGCUACGAGGUUGACUGAUGCUCUUGAACUCGAAACCUACCGACGAGCCUACCAAGCCGAGAUUGACGACUGGAAAAACUCCUUGCGAUUGAGGCAACGGAACCGCCCUCAUCUGACGAAUCUCUUGGAGAGGCCUUUACAUAUAUGAGCUAAGCCCCGAAAAUGCUCUUCCUUUGUCGUUGGGGUUCCAUCCCAAUCUUCGAUAUCGCAACACAAUUAAGUAGGUGUGGUGCGGAGUCACUUUUUUCAUUCUAUUAUCGCUUGUUUAUGCCACGGGGAUUCUUCUUUGUUUGGAAAAAAACUUCGAAUUGGGAGGAAGAUAGAAUGAAUGGUCUGGUAUAGAGGUUGUUGAGGUUCAUCCACAUUGAUAUCUUGGAAGAUAAAAGGGUUUGCUCUGAACCUGAACCUCGUUAGACUCAGAGUUCUCCGAGAAAUCUGCUCAUUCACCGCCUACACGGGUUUCCGCGAGAAUAACCAGUCCCGGUUUGUGAUAUCGAAAAAAACUAGCGCCGGAACUACGGAUUAGCCGCGCAUCUCACAUUCCUAAUUAUUCUCUUUUUCAUUAUUGGAAGGCUUGGAGGGGUACAUUCUUACGGGUCCUCUUCAUCCGGGAUGAUCCAUCCCAGUUCUUUCAGAUCCUCCAGUCAUUGUCUUGGAUAGAGGGAUAUCACGGAGUCCAUCUUCUGUGCUUCCGGAUUCGAUCUGGUUCAGAUGGACAUUCGGAACCUUUUCACUUCGUCGUUCUUGUGCUUUGUUUUCGGAUCCUUGGAUCAAUCUUUUUUGUUAAUUGACAACAGUUCUUUUUAAUGAAGAUUUUCCAUUCUUAGUUCUGCUUGACUUGAGCUUGUCACCAUCUCCAUUCCUGGCGCCAUUCACUCAGGUCAGAAAAAGUUUCUCGGUGUCCAUAUAGCACUCUUUAUCGCCGGAAUCAUAACAUUGUGUUCCACCAUCGCCGCAUAUCACUUAGUGGUGACAAGUUGACAUUCAGAGAUGUCGCAAGAAUGAAGUUCCAUAGGGAUGCCAUGUAUGGGGCCCAUACAUCUGGUUUGCUGGUUCGCUUUGUGACAAAUCAGUCUUUUAUUGUCCACCAGCCUUAUCCUUAUUUCGCCAGUAUGGACCGGCUCUUUUCACGUCUUUUGUUCUACCUUGGCGAGAAAGAAAUUCCUUGCAGCAAACUCUAUGGUCUCUCUUCAUCACCUACGGACCAACCACCGGCAUAAGGAGAGGUUUACUUGCGGCAUGCCAAUCUAUUCGACUGGUCGGAUCAGCUCUAAUAGCCGUCUUAGUAUGAGAGGCCUCCACCCACAAUGCUUUUCAUUAAUGAAUCCAUACUGGUCUUGGUGGUAGGGCGGGUUGUCUCCUCUCUUCCGUACCGCUCUUAUUCUUCUAUGUUCUAUGUCACUUAGAAAAAAAAAAGGAAACAGCUUUUUAGUUUUGACUUUGCUAAAAGCAUGUCUCCCGAACACGGAACAGUACAUUUUUCAAAAUACGAUUCCAGAUAUUGAGUUCGGAAUGGAUCUUAGGUCAGAUACAAAGCAUCAUUCGGUGUCCCUUUAUUUCUCUCACACUCAUUUUUCUGGUUUGGAAUCACAAAGAUCGGUCAGAAUGAAGGUUCUUCAUGUUGA